AUGACUCCUGAAUUGCAACGAUGGGUCCAGCUGGUGGCGCUGUUUUCAGAGGCUGUGGUGGGAAACUUAGCAGCUACUAGAAGCAGAGUGCUCAACUUCUGUGCCCACUAUGAAGACAGGAAGAGGCUCCAGACAGAGCUAAGGGGACCCGGCCGGAUCUGGAGAGCUGGACAUAGCUCCUCCUACCCGAAGAACUUGCCCCGCCCCCAGCGCCCUGCCUUGCAGUUGCCACAGAAACGGAAACGCAAGCAGGCACUGCGCAGACCCUGUCUAAACUCUGUGUCUUCCCUCAGAAUGUACAAUAAAAUGUGGCACCAGACCCAAGAAGCCCUCAAUUCUCUGCUCGACAAAGAGUCUCAGAAGAUGACUGAACCUCAAAGAAACAAGGUCAUAGUCUUCCAGAUGUUAGCCACCUUCUACAUAAAGUAUGUGCAGAUCUUCAGGAACAUGGAGAACGUCUAUGACCAGAUAGUCCAUCCACAGAAGCGCACGCUGAUCCGCAAGAUCCUGGAUGGAGUGAUGGGCCGCAUUCUGGAGCUGAAGAACGAGAUGGUAGAGCUGGAAAUGACAGAGUUCCACUAUUUCGACGAUAUCUUACAGGACCUGAAGCUGUCUCCCCAACAGUUGGAUGUCCCCAUACCCAGGUAUUUUCUGAAGGAGAGGUUGGAAGUCAUAAGAGGAAGAGAGAAAAUCCUCGCUCGGAUCUUAGCUGAAUGUGGACUGAACCUCCCUGAUAAAUACGCCGUCAAGAGCAUAGCGUUGGAAGAGGCUGUUAAACUGAUCCAGAUAGCGGAGCGUGCCAGGCAGGGCCGCCUCAGGGCACUGUUCAUGAAGCAGAUCUUCCUUCAGGAGUGCAGAGCCAGGGAGAUAAAGCUGUUGGGACAGAGACUAUCAGACACCAGCUUGGCAGCACUCCAGAUUCAGAAAGUUUGGCGAGGUUUCUAUCAAAGCAAGAAGACAGUGAAAGAGCGGGAGGAGGAGAUGGUAUUCCUGGGUAUGAAACCACCCCCUCUCUUCAACGAAGUCAGCGAUGCCAUUGUCCAGUCCCAACAAGUGACGAAUCUGCGGAACGAGGUGCAGCUAAAACAUGAACAGAGCUACCAGGAAGCCUUAAUAAAUAUCAAGGAGGACCUGCGGAUGUUGGAAGGCCCAGACAUCAAGGAGCACCUUCAGGACCAGAUCCGGCAGUGGUUCAUCGAAUGCAGGAAUUUGACGGGCACAUUCCCGGAGUACCCCAAUGAGGAAGAUGGAGGCUCAGCUCUCAUCUUUUCCAACAAGACCCCAGAACAGGUUAUUGAGGAUAUCAUAGCCACCCAAGAGGAGGAAGAAAAAUUAAAGAAGAAAAAGAAGAAGAAGGAAGAAAAGGGCAAAAAGGGCAAGAAGGAGAAGGAGAAGGAGAAGGAGAAGGAGAAAGAGAGGAAGGGCAGCCCGAAGGAGAAGGUUGUGAAGGAAGAAGACGAGGAAUGGAAGAUGUCACCAAGUCUUUUCCUUGAGUUAAUGGAGGAAGGAAAUAGCUUAUACAAAGACAUGUGGAUGAAUAAAGAUGAAUCUUGGAAUUUCCCUCAGGACUAUGACCCAGAACUGAUCAAGGAGGAAAAACGAAAGGAAUUAGAAAUGGAGAUAAGGGUUCAGGUGGACGAGCUCAUGAGACAGGAACUGAAAAACCUUAAGCUGGCUGUGAACAGAGAGUUGGAAAUCCCACCCAGGCCAAAGAAAGGGAAAAAGCAAAAUAAAGGGCGGAAAGGCAGGAAAGGGAAACGAGGAAAGAAGGAAAAAGAUCUGACGGCUGACAGGACCAUCGAGUCCCUAUACCAGGAGCUGGUUGAAGAAGGCCUCCUGAUCCAGGCCCUGAAGGUCAACCUCUCGGAUUACAUUGGUGAGUACAGCUACCUGGGGACGACACUGCGCCAGGUGGCCAUAGAGCCUAUGCCCUCCCUCCUAGACGUCAGACAGCUCAUCACCCUGUACGGAAUCUUGCCUCUGGGGUCUGCAGAAGUGCAUGAGAGAGCUCCCUUGGUGAAGUCGCUGCUAUUGGCUGGACCCCCAGGGGUAGGGAAGAAAAUGCUGGUCCACGCCAUCUGCACGGAAACGGGGGCUAACCUCUUUAACCUGUCUGCCUCGAACAUCGCCGGGAAGUACCCAGGCAAAACCGGCCUGCAGAUGAUGAUACACUUGGUAUUCAAGGUGGCCCGCCAGCUUCAGCCUUCCGUGGUGUGGAUCCAAGACACAGAGAAAACCUUCUACAAGAAAGUCCCGCAGGCAGAGAAACGGUAUGAACCAAAACGCCUAAAAAGAUACCUCCCCAAACUCCUGAAGCUCCUGAAACCGGACGACAGGAUCUUGAUUGUGGGGACCACACAUCGGCCUUUCGACGCUGAGCUCCAACCCUUCUGCAGAGUCUACCAAAAGAUUAUUUUGGUUCCCAGGCCCGACUAUGCUUCCAGAUACGUUCUGUGGAAACAAAUCAUUCUACGCCACGGAGGUGAGCUCACCAAUGCCUUGAAUAUCAGUUGCCUAUCUAAAGUCACUGAUGGCUUCACACAAGGACAGAUCGUGCAAGUGGUCAAGGAGGUGCUCACGGAACGCAGGGUCCGGCAGCAGUCUCACAAGCCACUCACUGCCAUUGAGUUUAUCACCAUGAUGACCAACAUGAACCCUGUGUACAGGGAGGAGGAAGAGAACUUUAAGAAUUGGUAUGCCAAAACCCCUCUGGGGAAGAAGCGAGUCUUGUCACUAACAGUCGGUGGCAACAAAGAAAAGGAAAAGGACAAAGGAAAGAAAGGAAAAAAGGGCAAAAAGAAGAAGUAA